AUGCCCUCCAAAUCCCCUGCCCAGGUUCUCCUAGAAAAGGCCGACAAAAAGGCAAACUCGUCUGGUGGAUGGUUUACCUCGUCCUCAACCAAAUACGAAGAGGCCGGCGAUCUUUAUCAGCAAGCCGCCAACGCCUUCAAGGUUGACAAACUCUUUAAGGAGGCGGGAGAUGCGUUUGCUCGAGAGGCUGAAUGCAGGGAGAAUUGCAAGGAAGAAAACGAAGCUGCAAAUGCAUGGUGGAAUGCUUCUAAAGCCUAUAAGAGAGGUUAUCCGGAUCUUGCUAUACAAGCUCUCACUCAGACUAUCGUUCAUCUGACAAAGAGUGGUCGAUUCAGACAAGCUGCAGACAGAGAGAAAGAAAUCGGCCAGAUUUAUCUCCAAGAGAACAACGACCUACGAAAGGCUUGUGAAAGCUACGUGCGAGCUGGAGAAUGGUAUCAACAAGAAGAUGCCGCCGCGACAGCUAAUGCUUGUUUCAAAGACGCUGCUGACCUCCACGCAGAGCUUGAGGAAUACGGUCAAGCAAUUGCUCGAUAUGAACAAGUUGCUGAUCAGUCUCUGACUUCUGCCUUGACGAAGUACAGCGUAAAAGAAUAUUGGCUAAAGUCAAUUUUGUGUGCUCUUGCCCUUGGUGAUACGGUUACGGCUCGACGAAACUUGACCAAGUACUCCAAUCAAGAUGUGACAUUUGCAUCGACCCGGGAAGCCAAGUUUGCCACUGCGUUGAUAGAAGCUGUGGAAGCAGGCGACAUCGAAGCCUUCACGGGAUCUGUGUUUGAGUUUGACCAAGUCACCAAACUAGAUAACUGGAAAACAAAUAUCUUGUUGAAGAUCAAACGUUCCUUCGACGAUGAACCUGGACUUGCUUAA